AUCUUCAACUCUUCAUCCUCCUCCUCUUUUCCCUCUUUCUGGAAUUGGAGGGAAUUGCAAUAAUUCCAGACCUGAAAUUCCAAAAUCCAAUUUCUCAUGCUCUCACUCAAACUGAGACCUCUCUCAAUCAUGAAAAACAAGAAGAGACAAAUCCCAAUCCAAUCUCCCCCACCAACCCCUCCAACCCCACAGACCCUAACCUCCAAAAGACCCAAAACCCUCCUCAAAUCCCCCAAAUGGGUCCCACUCAACCUCACUCAGUCCGAGCUCUCCCUCCCCCUCACUUUCCCCACCGGCCAAACCUUCCGGUGGCGACAAACCGGCCCUCUUCAGUACACCGGCGUCGUCGGGUCCCACCUCGUCUCCCUCCAGCACCUCCAAAACGGCGACGUUUCAUACUGCCUUCACCACUCCUCAUCUCCCCAAUCCAACGCCGAGCCCGCUCUGCUUGAUUUUCUCAACAUGGGUAUCUCCCUCGCCGGAAUUUGGGAGGUUUUCUCGGCUUCGGAUUCGAGGUUUGCCGAGCUGGCUACUCAUUUGGCCGGGGCUAGAGUUCUCCGGCAAGACCCGCUAGAGUGUUUGAUUCAGUUUCUGUGUUCUUCGAAUAACAACAUUGGGAGGAUUACCAAAAUGGUGGACUUUGUGUCUUCUUUGGGGACCCAUUUGGGUUCUGUUGCAGGUUUCGAGUUCCAUGAGUUUCCAUCUUUGGAUCGCUUGGCAAUGGUGUCGGAACAAGAGCUCCGGGAAGCCGGUUUCGGUUACAGGGCUAAGUACUUGACUGGUACUGUGAAGGCGUUGCAGUCGAAACCUGGGGGAGGUGAAGAGUGGCUUUUGAAUCUUCGGAAGCUUGAACUGGAAGAAGUGAUUGAUGCUCUUACCACAUUGCCUGGAGUUGGUCCGAAGGUGGCAGCUUGUAUAGCUCUUUUUUCGCUUGAUCAACACGAUGCCAUUCCUGUUGAUACACAUGUGUGGAAGAUUGCUACAAGAUACCUCAUACCUGAGCUAGCAGGAGCUCGUCUGACAUCGAAGCUCUGCAGCCUUGUGGCGGAGGCAUUUGUGAGUAAAUAUGGGAAAUAUGCUGGAUGGGCUCAAACUUUGCUGUUUGUUGCUGAAUUGCCUUCACAAAAAGCUCUUCUGCCACCACAUGUUUCAGAUGCCAAGGAGAGUAAAUCCACCAAGGGAAAGGGCCGCGGAAGGAAGAUUGUGGCGGAUGCCUCAAACAGUGAAUAACAGACUUGAUAUCAUACACGUGAUAAUGCAACCUGGAGCAAGGCUGGCUGAGUACAAAUUCUUGUUUGGAAAUGGCCUCGCACCGGCAAGGCCUAUGCUUUUUAAGUACCCCAAUUUUGAAGCUCAGUAUGCAAGGGGAUUGGGGGGGUGGAGGUUGUGCUUUCUCAAGAAUUGUGAGCUCCUUGCAAUUCAGGAUUGUGAAAGGUGAUUGAUGGUGGUAUUUUAGAGUGUGCU